UCUUAUAUUGGAUCUCUGCCGCCAUUGUUUCUCGAACUCAUUUUUCUAGAUAAAACCGAGUGCACAUGGAAGUCAACGGCUCUAGUUCCAUACGAUUUUGCUCAACAGCCAAUUGUUUAUUACAGCAUUUUAGUUGUUCAGGCGAUUGGCAAUUGCUUAAAUUGUAUCAUAGCAUGCACAUCUGACACUUUUGGCUUUUUACUUAUCAGUUUAUUAUGUGGUCAUAUCGAAGUAUUGUCGUUGCAUUUGAAAAAAAUUGGAAAUUUCGAAAGGCGAUCGGCGAAUGACUCGAAUCGAUUGCGACUGUUGGAACAACUCAAUCAUCAUGGUCUGCUAACUGACUAUGCAACCGAAUUGAAUAACCAUCUUUCCGCAAUAUUUUUCGUUCAAGUAAGCAUCAGUGCACCCAUCAUAUGCACUUGUGCAUACCAAUUUUCCCAGGCUCAAAACUUUACCACCACGCAAUUGAUAUUCCUUGCCAGCUAUACCAUCGGAAUGCUAUUACAAAUCAUCACCCCGAGCUACGCUAGUACAAAUUUGAUGGAGAAGUGUGACUCAUUACCGGUUGCUAUUUUUUCUUCGGAAUGGUAUGAACUUGGACCGAGUGAAAAAAAAAGUCUAUUGAUAUUCCUCACAAGAUCAAUACGACCGUUUGUUAUGAAUGCUGGAAACUAUUUUCAAAUGAACACCACCACUUUUUUAAAGAUUGUGAAAACGGCUUAUUCUCUAUUGGCUGUUUUGCAAAGCACCCAGCCAUAAAUUAUGUGGUCCAUAAUAUUCUUCUACAGAACACAUUGUCCUGUUAGUUUGAACAGUAUAUGUCUAUGUUUG